ACUCAUCCUUUUUCUCUUUUUGCUACAGUGCAGGUCCUGGUGGAUGGAGCCCCGGUCCGGAUCCAGCUGUGGGACACCGCUGGACAGGAAGACUUUGACUGUUUGCGCUCGCUUUGUUACCCCGACACCGACGUCUUCCUUGUCUGCUUCAGUGUGGUAAACCCAAGCUCCUUCCAAAACAUUACUGAGAAAUGGAUCCCUGAGAUACGAACUCACAACCCCCGGGCACCGGUGCUGCUAGUGGGGACGCAGGCAGACUUGCGGGACGAUGUCAAUGUCCUCAUCAGCUUGGAUCGCUACCACGUGAAGCCUGUGCCCCGGCCUCAGGCAGAAGGUCUAGCUGACAAAAUCCGGGCUGAAGCCUACCUGGAAUGCUCAGCACUGACUCAGAAGAACCUCAAAGAAGUUUUUGACAUGGCCAUUGUCAGCGGUGUUGAGCACAGAGCACGGCAGGAAAAGAAGAUGACCGCCAAAGGCAUCAAAACUCUCUCCAAGUGCCGCUGGAAGAAGUUCUUUUGUUUUGUUUGA